UCUGGAGAGGGCGUGGAAUCCCUGCUAUUGAGAAAGGCCAUAAAUAGGGCACGAGAACACACAAAACACAGAUGGAGCUGCAACAGCUUACCGUUUGACAUUUCACACGCUCUGAGACAGAUACAAUCAAAAGAUCCAGAAGUCCGAGGUCUUCACAGGGAGCUGCAGGCAAAUCCAGACUUUAAGACUUAGAUACAGUAGAGAGAGCUUGGCUUUGGGAUUGGGAGGGAUGUCUCUGGAAGUGAAGGAAAAGACUGAAGUGCGCUUGGUGUUCAUGGGAGCCGCUGGCGUGGGAAAAACAGCUCUGAUUAAACGCUUCUUGCAAGACAGCUUUGACCCAAAACAUCGACGCACGGUGGAGGAGCUCCACUUCAAGGAGUAUGAGGUGGCUGGAGUCAAAGUGACCAUUAACAUCAUGGACACGAGCGGCAGCUACUCCUUCCCAGCCAUGCGGAAGCUCUCCAUCCAGAAUGGUGAUGCAUUCGCCCUGGUCUACUCCGUGGAUGACCCCGAAUCGCUAGAAGCCGUCAAGAGACUGCGUGAGGAAAUCCUGGAGGUCAAGGAGGACAAGCUCACACCCAUCGUGGUGGUGGGCAACAAAAAAGACAGACAGCUGGAACGGAGGGUGUCGGCGGAUGAUGUGCUGGUGAAGGUGGAGCUGGACUGGAACAACUGUUUCCUGGAGGCCUCGGCUAAAGAAGACGAAAACGUGAUGGAGGUGUUCAAGGAGCUGCUCCAGCAAACAAACCUCCCCAGCCGCCUCAGCCCAGCUUUACGCCGUCGCAGAGAGACAUUUCCCAUGGACAUCAGUCUACGGCCGCCCAUGAACAAGACCAACAGCUGUUCUGUCUCCUAAAGUUGGCAAGAAAAAGAUUAUUGAGAACAGAGAGGGUUAAAGCAAAGCAGUGAUGUGGAAGGCUCUUUCAUGGCAUGCAAAGAUGCUUUUAUUACAUAGGGAAAUAUCCUAUAAUCCUGCUCAAAAAUCAGCAUCCUCCACGGUGAUGAAGGGAAAGGACAAUGAUCAAAAGUCAAUGAACUGUUGCAUUUGUACAGUGAAUCUCUUGAAUGUUUUGACAGUGGUUUUGAGUUUAGUUGAGUGAUGUGUAAAGAGCUUCUGCAAUAUUCAAUCAUGUUUAUAUCACAAUGUUUUGUCUUUUAUGACAUUGCUUUUUUUUUUUACUCUAAUUUCAAAUUUGACUGUAUUACAUUCAUUAUUUUACAAAUCAUUGUACCAAGUAUUAUACCAAGUAUUAAAGUCACUGUGUCCAUUUUUCAAAAUGUUUGGCACUGUGCACAUGCACUUUUACUCUUUGAAAAACUCAUAAGAUGCAUUUUAUUUUAUUUUGUAACUUGUAAAGGAAAAUGUAUGUAUGUAUAUAUUUGUUUUCCAAUCUCCAUUCAUCUCAGAAAAAAAGGUACAAAAGCUGUCACUGGGGUGGUACCUCUUCAAAAGGUAAAAAUAUGUAACAUCUAGUAAAUUAAAUGUACACUUUAGGUACAGAUGUGUACCUUAAGGCACCUUUUAUGGGUAAAUAAGGUAGAAAUGUAUAACUUCUGAAAGUAAACUAAUCUAUUUAAUAAGAAUGUUUAAAUUUUUGUUGUUGGAUAUGUUUUGAGAUCAUGAGAAAUAAAACCAGUCCAGUGACCUCAAA